GCCUAGCAACCACGCGUCUUCAUUCAGCGGCGGGGCGCGGGCGCUGAAGCUCUGGGCCGUUCUGUUCUGUUAAUUUGUGUAUUGUAAGCGUAAAAAUAUAUUGAAGACAGCACAUUAAAUCGCUGAAUGUUGCAUAAGUCUUAUGUAAAAGCCAGUUGCUUGUAUUUCAUAAAAGCGAAGCUGCUAACCCGAGAUGGCGCAGCGUCCGAGUACGCAGGCCCGCCAGGGCACGGCUGCUGGUCGGCUGGCCACCGCCGGUCAGCGGCUGGCUACUGGCGCUCAGCGAGCGGCAGGAGGGGGCUUCGGAGGAGGGGCAGAAGGAGGCAGACCGAUGACACGAGGAGGACUUGGUCUGAAGACUGGAGGCACUGGAGGUCGCAACCGGGCCGUUAUGGACAAAUCCUACUUCAUGGGAGUACUGCGUACCAAGAUCACGGAGAUGACCACAGAGAUACGACGCAUGGCUGCAGAGUGUGACAAAAUGGGACAGGACCAGGAGAACUUCGUCAUCUACGACACACGCGCCAAGGAAAAGGCCAACGAACUGAGCGGCAUUCAGGCUGAGUUGGCGGACUACAACACGCUAGUGGAAAUCAUGAACAUGGACUCGGAAAAACAGGUGGUGGAUGAACAGACGGCAGCAAUGAACGAGAAGAAUGAGAAGAAUCGCAAGCAAGUUGACAGUCUGUACCUCACCAGAAAGCAAAAGGAAGAUGAGGGGAUGCAGCUUGAAAGGGAUAUAGAGAAGGAGCAAGCCGUCAUCGAUAAGGUCUUCAACGAAAUGUCUCAGAAAAUGAAGGAGAAGUUCGCAGUAUUGAAGAAGAAGACGGCGAACGCUGAAGCAGAAAUCCAAAAGAUUGCGAAGCUCAUGGACGACGAGGAUCUGAAAAUAAGGAAAAACAUGGACAUCAUUAACGCUUCUUCGAUGAAGGCCGAGGCUUACUCGUUGUACAACAAGCUGGAGGAGCUAGAGGCGAAAAAGGCUGAGCUGCAGGAGCAAGUAGAUCGUCAAGAGACUCCGGACGAAGAGCGAGAGAGACUUCUGAGAGAGGUCAAGGAGAACAACGACGCCAUUGCUACGAUGGACAGGAAGGUGGCUGCUCUUUGCGAGGAUAUCUCCAACGCCAACGACGAGCUGGACGACCUGGAUGAUGAGGAUGAAGGAGACGACGACGCCCCUCCUGCAGCGACUCAGGCCCGACAGGACUCGGUAGACACCGAGAAGCUGAUGAAUCAGAUCAGUGAGGCCAAGUCGGACGAGGAGCGGAGGGUGCUCCAGACGGAACUGGAGAUAGUCAAACUGCUUCAGAGCAUCAGCACCGGUCUCAAGUCCGAUACCGACCAAAAUGCGGACCAAGGGCUCGCUGACAGUGAAGAAUGGCAGCAUUUGAACGAAGUCGAAAUGCAAGUCUACUCUGAAAUAGACUCGCUGAAAAACAGCAUCAAACGAAUGAAGGACGAUGCCGCAAAGUUCGCUGAUCUGGACGGAUUUAAGAGGGAGUGUCAGGCUCGCCAGGCAGGACUUCAUCAAGAGCAUGUUCAGUUGACGGAGAAGACCAAGGAAGCACGGGCCGAGUGCGAAACGGCCGAAAACCAAAACAAGAAGAUGCAGUCCAAGCUAAAUAGCGACGAGACGUUCUCAACGCUGGCGCAGCUGGAGCGCAAACUGGCCACUAUCGAGGGGAACAAUUUCGCGCUGCAAGAGACGGCGGCCGACCGACGGGCGCUCGGCGAGUACGAGCCGAUCCGCGACCAGGCCAUCGCCGUCUGCGCCGACAUCAACAAGCGGCUCGUGGACCUCAUCAAGAACAACAAGAUCCCGACGUGAUAUGUGAUCGGUGCAUCACUGCAGGGCUACACAAUGGAUGACCGAUGUGUGCGGUACAGGAAAAUAUGGGAAUCAACCAUGUUGCGAUUUCCAUAUGUGCCUCUUGAUGCAUGAGUGUGACUGUAUGCGCGAAUUUGUUAUUGUGCCAAGCAGCAUGUUUAUAUGUUCCUUCCAUGACUAUUCUGAUGCAUGGACCGAUACGUGGACUGUCGGGUAUGCCGUUGCUGUAUGUCGAAGUUGAUCUCUGAACAAUACAUCCGGCUCAUUGGCUUU